AUGAAUGGUUUCAGCACCGAGGAGGACAGCCGGGAUGGGCCUCCCGCAGCCCCCUUUUACGGCCAGAGCUGCUGCCUCAUCGACGACGGGGACCGCUGCGUGCGCCCCGCCGGCAACGCGUCCUUUAGUAAGAGGAUCCAGAAGAGCAUUUCACAGAAGAAGCUGAAGCUGGACAUCGACAAAAGUGUGAGACAUCUGUACAUUUGUGAUUUUCACAAAAACUUCAUUCAAAGUGUCCGAAACAAAAGAAAGAGGAAGACGAGUGAUGACGGAGGUGACUCUCCUGAGCAUGAAACGGACGUCCCGGAGGUUGACUUGUUCCAGCUCCAAGUGAACACCCUGCGACGCUACAAGCGACAUUACAAGUUGCAGACAAGGCCUGGACUCAACAAGGCUCAGCUAGCAGAAACUGUCAGUCGUCACUUCAGGAAUAUUCCUGUGAACGAGAAGGAGACACUUGCAUAUUUCAUCUACAUGGUAAAGAACAACAAGAGCAGGCUGGACCAGAAAUCAGAAGGUAGCAAGCAACUAGAAUGAAGAUUAACAGGAGCUGGAAUAAGAGACCUUGAAGGAACAGACGGUACUGUGUAUUUUAGGUAUACAAAAAACUGUUGGAGUAUGUUGUACAUUUUUUUUUA